AUGACAGUUGACGACCAUGACGUUGCUGGCUUUCAGGGAUUGAUGAGAUCACUAAACUUGGACUCUGACCAAUUUAAGGAAUACGAUCCGUCCAAUUUCCGGACGUACAAUUUCCAACAACUUCUGAAUUUAAAACUUGAAAUUGAAUCUCAAUUGAAGAUAUUAUUCGAUUUGCUACUGCAAAAGUAUGGGGCUAAUAUGGAAACAAGCUUAGUCACUACAGACGGGUUUCCUAGAAGCGAUAUUGAUGUUGUUACAAUUCGAUUAAUCCGAGUGCAAAUCAUUCGAUUGAAGAAUGACUAUAAAGAGUUGCUAAAGGUGUUAGAUUCAAAAAUGGAAGAGGAAUUUGCAAAGAGGAAAGCAGAAGUGGGUGAUAAUCAUGAUCAAGAUCAAUCAAGGCUGAGUCAGUCAAAGCCAAUGAUUCCUUUCGCUCAAGUAAAGGAAAUCAUUCCUGGUGGCCCUGCCGAGACUGCAGGCUUAAGAGAAGGUGAUUUGAUUGUGAUUUUUGAUAACGAUAUUCAUGCAUUGAACCAUAAUAAAUUAUCCAAAUUGGUUGAAAGAGUAAGAGCUAAACCUGGUGAGAAGUUGCAGUUAUCUAUCAAGCGUAGUGGUGAGACCUUGAAUCUAAUUCUUGACACCAGUGCGACAUGGGAUGGUAAAGGUAUUGGAUGUCGUAUAGUACCUUUGUAA